CAAUCAUCUUCAAUUCCUACUUCACCAUUCAAUGAGAAGUUGCGCAUCUGGAUGGAUUCGUCGACUCCCAGGCUGUUUCGGUUGUAUCGUGGAAAUUGGCGGGAAGCGAGUUCGCCUUUCAGAAAAUGUCUGCUGUGUGACGCAGUAUCGGCUUUUUUACGUGCAUGAUAAACAUUUCGCUAACAUGGGUAUUUUAGGUUUGUCAAAGUUAAUAGCCGACAUAGCUCCAGAAGCUAUCAAAGAGCGAGAGUUGAAGCAUUAUUUUGGUCGCAAGAUAGCUAUCGACGCAUCCAUGUGUUUAUAUCAGUUUCUCAUAGCUGUGCGUAGCGAAGGAGCCCAGCUCACUACUGUGGAUGGUGAAACAACCAGUCAUUUAAUGGGUACGUUUUAUCGCACCAUACGCUUAGUAGAACAAGGAAUAAAGCCUGUGUACGUAUUUGAUGGAAAACCACCAAAUCUGAAAAGCGGAGAAUUAGCCAAGAGAGCUGAGAGGAGAGAUGAGGCACAGAAACUCCUGCAGGCUGCUGAAGAGGAUGGAAAUGUGGAAGCUAUAGACAAAUUUAAUAGGAGAUUGGUUAAAGUUACAAAAACUCAUGCUGACGAAGCUAAAGAAUUACUUCAGUUAAUGGGCAUACCUUAUAUUGAUGCUCCUUGUGAGGCUGAAGCACAAUGUGCCGCUUUAGUGAAAGCUGGUAAAGUCUUUGCCACUGCUACAGAAGACAUGGAUGCACUAACCUUUGGUUCCAAUGUGCUACUUCGACGCUUAACUUUUAGUGAAGCCAGGAAGUUGCCAGUACAGGAGAUUCAUUUUGAUAAAGUUCUUGAAGGUUUGGAGCUGAAUCGUGAUGAGUUUAUUGAUCUCUGUAUUAUGCUGGGUUGUGAUUAUACAAAUAGUAUAAAAGGCGUUGGUCCAAAAAGGGCAAUAGAAUUGAUAAAAACAUAUAGGUCCCUCGAAAAGAUUAUUGAAAAUAUAGAUACCAAGAAAUAUUCUAUACCAGAAGAAUGGAAUUAUAAAGAGGCGCGAUUAUUGUUUCAAGAACCGGAAAUAUCGAAUGCAGACGACAUUCAGUUAAAAUGGUCCGAACCAGAUGAGGAAGGUUUGGUGAAGUUCUUAUGUGGUGACAAACAAUUUAACGAGGAACGGGUUAAAAACGGAGCUAAGAAACUUCACAAGGCUCGAAACACGUCUACGCAGGGUCGGUUGGACUCGUUUUUCAAAGUUUUGCCGAACUCGACUCCGACUCCAAAACGGAAGACGGAAGAGAAAAAGCCAUCGGCUAAAAAGGCGAAGACAGGUAACAGCAAAUUUCGAGGUAAAGCAAAGUGAGAUAAUAUUAUGAAUUUGACAAAAAAUAUAUAGCAAUGCUAAUAACAUAUUUAUACUUUGUAUAAAAUGCUGCAUAUAUUGCGCAUAAUUUUUAUGAAUUUCUACACAAACUACAGUCUCGAUUGGUAAAAAUAGUAUAAUUUUUCUAUUUAUUUCGUAAAACAUAAUACAAUAUAUUCGUAUACAAUAUUCUUAUAAAUCCAUUUUAACAAGCAUGGUAUUUUUUUUAUAAAAAUCUUUACCUAAACAACAUUGUUAAAACAUUUAGAUUCAUGCAUAUAAUCAUCCAAUUUAUUAUCAUUUGUAUCUAUUUGUAUCAUUGUAUUUUAAUUAUACAUUGUCUUUCUUAUUUAUAUAACUUGGCAGGAUUUUUAUAAAAGGAUAAAAUAUUCUACAUUUGGUCUAUUAA